AUGGUUAAAGAACUUUGUUUCCAUGUUCUAGUGGGUUUGGAUUAUUUGCAUAGACAGCUUUCCAUCAUACACACUGAUCUGAAACCUGAAAACAUGCUACUCUGUUCCACAAUCGAGCCGUCUAAAGAUCCCAGAAAAUCAGGAGCACCUCUUAUUCUUCCUAGUGAUAUGGACAUGGCUUCACUUGAGUUCGGGACUGUGAAGAACCGUGUAAAGUUCUACGGGAAUUUAACUAAUAACCAAAAGAAGAAGAUCAGAAAAAAGCCCAAAGAAGAUGCUCAAGUUUUUGCCAAUGUUAAUAGAUUGUCUAGCGCUGGUGCUGCAACAGCCAGUGGGAAAGAACACGUGGCUCCUACGAGAGGAAGCGGUUCUAGAAGGAGGAAGACAUUGGAGUCUGUUGACCUAAAGUGCAAAUUGGUUGAUUUUGGGAAUGCGUGUUGGACAUACAAACAGUUCACGGAUAAUAUUCAGACGAGGCAGUAUAGGUGCCCUGAAGUUAUCGUUGGGUCUAAAUAUUCAACCUCAGCAGAUCUUUGGUCCUUUGCUUGCAUUUGCUUUGAGCUUGCGACUGGUGAUGCGUUGUUUGAUCCUCACAGUGGUGACAACUUCGACAGAUGA